AUGAACAUAGUUACAAAGAACAGCAUGAUGAAGAAACGUGAAGUUGAAGCAGAAAACGUUAAUGAAGAGCGUCCUUGCAAGAGAAUGAAGACAGAUAUCGAGAAAGAGGGUUUGUGGAUGAUUUCAUCGGCAUUCUACAUACCCAAAGACGAGCCGCUGAAGCCUCAAGGAGAAGAUGCCCACUUCAUCGCGGAGGAGGAGCAGACGAUCGGAGUGGCCGACGGCGUUGGUGGCUGGGCCAAACACGGCAUUGACUCCGGCGAAUAUGCGCGAGAACUGAUGAAGAACUCAAUGACAGCAGUCCUCGGAGAGGGCAAAGAUGAUGGAUCAGUCCAAGUCGAUCCUAAAAGGGUUCUGCAUGAGGCUUUCUCCAAGACCAAACUCCCAGGGGCCUCAACUGCUUGUAUUCUGACACACAAGGACGGCGUCUUGCGCGCCGUUAACGUCGGAGACAGCGGCUUUAUGGUAUUCAGAGAUAGAGAGUUGUUGUACGCAUCGCCGACUCAGCAACGCCAUUUCAACUGUCCGUAUCAGCUUGGGAAUGCGCAGAAAAGCGACCGCCCCGACUGCGCUAUGGAGAUGGAAGCGGAAGUGGUGGAGGGAGAUCUGAUAGUGAUGGGAACCGACGGGUUGCUCGACAACAUGUUUUCGUCGGAAAUCGAGGAGAUCAUCGAGAAAUUCGAGACGGAGAAAGAAGAGAGAGUACUGCAGGACUUGGCUUGGAAGAUAGCAGGUGCGGCUUGUAAAAAUUCGCUGAGCACGUGUUAUGUUAGUCCUUUUGAAAUAGCAAAUACAAUGGAGGGAAGAGAGUAUGGAGGAGGCAAAGUGGAUGACAUUAUGGUCAUCGUUGGCAAAAUCGUUCGACACUCUGAUCUGAAGAUGUGCACGUUCUCAAAGGAUUCUUUUCCCCAGUAG